UUGCACAACACCAAAAAGUUUGACGUGUUUGUGAUUUUUCAGGCCACAUUUGCUUCAUCCGAUGACAGGUCUGAUAUCGACGUCAACGAUCCAAAUUUCUGGCAGAAGUGGGCAAAAAAGGCUAGCAUCGAUCCAGAGACGAAUCCGGAAAGCGAACUGAUCUUGUAUGAACCCCGCCAGCGUAAACGACGGUUCGAAGACAAGGUGUUCGACAGCAGCAACCAAAGCGAAGUGGAAUCCGGCUCAGAGUCAGACGACGCCGUUGAGCCGUCGCGAAGAAAGCGUUUUAAAAGCAGGCGCAAACGAAACAAAGCCCUUAGCGUAGAAGCGGCUGCGGUCACCGAUGAACUGAGCUUUACAAAGACGGAUUAUUUCCGCGUCGAAAAGGCUCUAAGCACCUUUGGGUGGGGAAGGUGGUCUGAAAUACUUGACAACAGUAAUUUGAAGCAGAAGCUGACGGAAGCUGAGAUGGAGAUCUUAUGUCGAACAUUGUUGCUGCACUGUCUGAGACAGUACAACGGUGACGAGAAGCUUCGCGAGUUUACCUGGGAGCUUAUUACUCCGCGACAGCAAGACGACAUGCCGUCCGACGCUGCCAGUUGUCAGUACGGUCCUCUUGGUGCUUCUCCGCGCAGUCGCAAAACUCGUCAAGUGACCAGCGUUGAGCAGGUGACUGACACAUAUCAUCAAGGCUGGGCCGCCCUUCCACUGUACAAUCCCCCUUCUGAAAUCAGUUUGAACAUUCCAUGGCACCCAGAAGGACCAGUCGCCUGGUGGGACAAUGAAGCAGACAAGUCGCUGCUAAUCGGGUUUUACAAGCACGGUCUCGACAAUACCAAAGCCAUUCGCUCUGACCCGAGUCUGUGUUUUCUACAGCGAUGCGGUCCCGCUCCCGAAGCACUGACAAGCCUUUCUUCUGAACAGCAGUGUUGUGAUUUUGACGAUAAAAAUGCAGAACCGGUUCAUUCGCCAAGUGUCGAGAAACUCUGCAUGACGGAAGAACCAGCUGAAAAAUCGACAGUCGAUGAGGUGAGUUCAAACUGA